AUAACCCGCCAUCUUGUUGUGACUCCUCUACGUGCGUGUGGAAGAGUGACUUCAAGGGGGAUCCAGUCACGUCUUUCCUUUUUUUUUUAUAAUUUUUUUUUAUAGACGACAAGAUUGGAUCCCGAGCAGAAGCUUUUGAACCGAACUAGUUAACAUUUUAAUUCAGUUCUCCAAUCGUUUUCUGGACCAUAACACGAAAAAGAGAUGAGUAUCGAGACGCUUUUAGAGGCGGCGAAGUUCUUGGAAUUGCAAGCCCUGCAACAACAGAAAGCACGUGAAGAGAAUGAGCUUCAGGACAGGCGGCGCCGUGAACAGGAGGCGGAGAAGCGGAGAGCAGAAGUCAACUCUUAUACUCAGCCCAUUCGAAUGAACCAUGUGACCUGGGUGGAGGAGUCCGGACCUGAGCAUCGCUACAUAGCUGCCCCGGCCCAGCCUCUUCCCCCUCCCCCUCCCCCCACCAUGCCCAUCACAGUCAUCCCUAUCCCGGUGGUAGCCUCCCCUCCUCCCGCCCUCCCUUCACCCCCCACCACAGCUCUCAGCCCGUCGGCAGCACCCCACCUCACGCCACCCAGAAAAGAUGCCCACUCGCUGCCACACCAGCAGGCACUGCACCAGCGCCCCCUCAUCCCGUCUCAGGUGAAGGCAGAAACCACAUCACUGUCUCAGUUCAAUAGCACCAAACUGGCCCAGCAGCUCCAAACCUUCCCGGACUCCAUCAUCGGGACCUCCCAGCAUGCACUUCUCCCCCAGCCUGGACCUUCUUCAGCACAACUCAGCCCGUCCGAUGACCACCGUAGUUUGGAUGGCAAGAAAAGACCUGGCGGGGCAGGAACGAGAGAAGUGCACAAUAAGCUUGAAAAAAACAGACGUGCACACUUAAAGGAGUGUUUUGAGACUCUGAAGAAGAACAUCCCAAAUGUUGAUGAAAAGAAGACCUCCAAUCUGAGCGUUCUGAGAAGUGCUUUGAGAUACAUUCAGACUCUGAAGAGGAAGGAGAAAGACUACGAGCAUGAGAUGGAACGUCUGGCGCGGGAGAAGAUCGCCUUGCAGCAAAAACUGGCUGAGCUGAAGAACGAGCUGAGCCAGCGAUUGGAUGUGAUUGAGAUCGACCGUGUUCUUCGACAGACUGUGCAACCAGAUGAUGACCAGGCCUCUACCUCCACUGCCUCAGAAGGUGAAGACAACAUCGAUGAAGAUAUAGAAGACGAGAGCUUAUCCGCCACGGCCAACGCCUUACUCAAAGUGCCUGCUGCGCUUCAGCCAGAGUUAAAGAAGUCACAUUCUGCCCUGUCCCUCAUAACACAGCACAUCUCCAUCCCACACAAACAGUCUAAAACGUUAUCCCCGAUUCCCUCAGCUCAACUAUCCCCUGUGGCCGCCGCUGCCCUGAUCACAACUCCCGCUUUGUCCUCAAUGCCAGCACAAGCUCCUAAUGGCCCACCAUCUGCUCCGGCUCUGCAGACCCUACCUCCGGCCCAGACCCAUAUAGUGACCACAGCCAGUCUGCAGCCUACCGUCAUUGCUCACGCGGGAUCGGCGUCGCACGCCUCUGUCAUCCAAGCCAUCAACCAUGUCAUCCAUCCAGGCUCCAAGCACAUGGCCCACAUCUCCCCUUCCUCCUCGAGCUCGGUGCAGCUGGCUCCCGGACCUCAAUCCAUUAGCCAUAUCACUGUCGCCCACCUUCCUGCAAUCUACCCUCAGCCCGUUACAGUCACACAGCCGGCGGUUAUGAGCCACAUCGCGCACACACUCUCUCACGCCCAGAUGAACGGCACUUCGGUAUCUGCCGCACAAGCCGCCAUGGUUGGCAAGCAGACGGCUGUGGGUGCUCAAGUGGUUACCCAUCACCCUCAGCUGGUGGGCCAGACCGUCCUCAACCCAGUCACUAUGGUGACAAUGCCCUCCUUCCCAGUCAGCACGCUAAAGCUGGCCUGAAGCGCUGACAGUCAGACCCCUAGAUAGAGUAUAGACACUUAGACCACAUCCGCCCCGUUUGAGACUGCAGCCACACGCAGAACUGCAUCUAAACGAACUAUAAAGCUACAGGACUCAGUACAUUCCAAAUGAAAAGAAAGAAUAUAAAGACUCAAAAAGUGAUACAAAGAAAUUUAUUGAAUGUCUAAUACUAUAUAAUGAUAUAUAAUAAAAGACAAAAAGAGA